UUUCUCUCCACUGACCAUGUUUACUUUUCUCUUUUCUUUUCCUGCUACUGAACAUUUUGAAUUCUUCACGCCGCUGACCCUUUUACCUUCUUUUUUUCUUAAGCGUUGCCUAAUUUGCCAGAUAGAUACUCUAGCGCACAAUAUUUUUCUUCCGACGCUUGCCCUCUUUUCAACUGAGUAAACCACUGUGCAUACGACAACUAGAUUUAUUGCGACAA